AUGGAUGACCGUGCGGUGGAGCUUUGGGCCCAUGCUCCUGCCAUUAUGGAAAAGUUGGAUGCGGCCAUCAAGCAGAACUCGCCGGAGACCCGAGAGGAGCUGCUAGCCGUGCUUGGCAUCCCUGGCGGCCCACUUACUGUGGAGGAUGCAAAGCCUGGCAUCGAAGACUUCGAGUAUGCCAUGCAGGCAGCUGUGCUGAAGCGCCUGGAGCCACACCCCGACCCGGUUCAAGCCAGGGGGCGGGAGGCUGAAGUCCCGAGAGCCUUAGAGAUUGCUGCGGACGUCGUCGCGGCGCUCUUUGAGAACUCAGCAGCACCGGAUGUCUCGGCUGCCGAGACAGACAGGUGCAAAUCCUGGUGGAUGACUUUCAUGCAGAUAGCGGAAGAGACGACAAAAUUGGUGGCCAUUGGGCAGCUCGCAGAGUUAACAGAUGUUUUCGACAAAAGCCUCUUGAAGCUACGCAAGGCUUGCUGGGACCUUGCAAGGCAGCGCCUCAAGGAGUUCGAUGCCAAGCAGGAGGCAGAGAUGAAGGCUGCCAAGGAUGCAGCCGACAACAACAAACCAGAGCGGACG